AUGCUAUUUAGCUUGUAUAUUGCGACGGCAGCUUCUUUGCUGGGCCGGAUAUAUGCAGAUGAAAUCCUCACUUUAACAGGAACUAAUGUACCCUCCUCGCUGUCUAUUGCCGGCCCUAUCCCUACGGAUUCAAGCUUCUAUCAGACUUACUCAUCAGUAAUCACCGUUAGCACGGCGAGCGACGAGCUACAGUCGGCUCAAACUGGGUCUGCUACCACCACUGUGACAGAUAGCAUCACAACCACGUCCGAAGAUUUUACCCUUCUCAUUGGCAGUAAUAGAGAAACCACUACUGCAAAUGGAACUACAUUAUCCGGGAAUGCUACGGCCACAUCCACUGAGUCAGCUGCAGUGCCCACCAACACCCGUCCGUGUAACGGAUACCCUGAGUUUUGCGAGCGAAAAUAUUCCAACAUCACCCAAGUGGCAGCGCAUAAUAGCCCUUUCGUGCGGCCGGGGAAUAUAGCCGGCAAUCAGGAGCUUGAUGUGACGAUUCAACUCAACGACGGAAUUCGCAUGUUGCAAUUCCAGACUCACUACGUCAACGACACCAUACGGCUCUGCCAUUCCUCCUGCGAUCUCCUCGAUGUGGGCCCACUUGAAGAUUACCUGCGGAAAGUGGUAGAUUGGCUCAAAGCAAAUCCGUACGAUGUUGUAACAAUCUUAAUGGGCAACUCGAAUUUUGUCGGCCCAAGGAAUUAUACUACACCAAUAGAGAACUCCGGGCUCGCCGAUUAUGUUUAUACUCCUCCAAAAAUACCAAUGGCACUGGACGACUGGCCCAACCUCUCCCAGUUUAUUCUAAAAGGGCAGAGGGCGAUUGUAUUCCUCGACUACCAAGCUAAUCAGACCGAGGUGCCCUACCUUCUUGACGAGUUUUCGCAAAUGUGGGAGACGCCGUUUUCCCCGACGGAUAGGAACUUCCCUUGUACCGUUCAGAGGCCACCGGGCCUAAGUGAAGAUGACGCUAAAACCCGGUUAUAUAUGGCGAACCAUAACUUAAAUACUGAGGUAAAUAUAGCAGGCGCAAGUCUAUUAGUCCCGAAUACUGUCUUGUUGAACGAAACCAAUGCCGUUUCUGGAUAUGGCAGUGCUGGCGCAAUGGCCGGAAAUUGCACUGAGAAAUGGAGCCGGCCGCCCAAUUUCAUACUCGUCGACUACUACAAUAUUGGCAAUGUCAAUGGCUCCAUCUUUGAAGUUGCGGCUAAGUAUAACAACGUUACGUACAACGGGCGAUGCUGUGGCCGAAAAACUUCCGCGGCGUCGAGAAGUCACCUCGCAAGUGCCAAACAAAACUUAUACACGGGGCUUCUAGUGGCAGCUGUCACAGGUUUCGUGUUAAUGACGCUAUAA